CUGGUAUUUUUAACCACAACUUACACACUUGCAGGUUAUAGACUGUUACAUAAAUUUGAUAAAAGCUCAAAAGCAUCUAAAGUGCCGAUCUGGAGGUCGCGUUCACAUAGAAAAUGCUUUCCAGUUCAAUUUCCUGAAGCGAGAUGGUGAUCUUGAAAUUAAAACAGAGGAGCUAUAUCCAAUUAAAGACAUGACACACAUAUGUAGCGCUGAACGAAGGGUGUUACUUUACCUAGACCAUGACAUGGUGUUUAUUCCGAUAAACAUCCGAGAGACGCAUUGGUAUCUUGCUGUGAUCCAUGCAAGAAAUAUGAAGAUACAAGUGCUCGAUUCACUUGGUACUUCACAAGACCGCAAAGACCUCACUGACUCUAUUAAAGGACUGCAAAGACAAAUAGAUAUGAUAUCUCAACGUAAGGAGUUAAAAGACCACAGGUGGCCAGACCUCCAAGUUGCUUCUUGGCCGCUCAGAGAAAUAGACAUGGGAUAUGCAAAGCAGACAGAUAGCUCUUCAUGUGGCCUCUUUCUUUUGAACUAUAUCGAAUACUGGACAGGGGAUGAACUGUCUGACAGUUUUACCCAGGUAUAUUAUUACUACUACGACAUAUAUGGACAUCUACAGUCAGUGUUACAUAUAUAA